CAAUUGACCAUUUCUUGUGGCUCGUCUUCCGCCAUGAGCCACGAUGCCAGCGGCCCUGACUCACAGGACAUGCAGCCAUUGGCGUCCUCGCCUGCCAAAGGUCAGCCUGCGCUGACUCAGCAGGAAAAUCACGACGAGUCGGAUUCAGAGGCUUCUACCAGUUCCAACGUGCAGCAACCUCAACCAGGGCCUCUGAUGAAGUCUUCGUCCAGUUACAGCGACUCGGAUGAUGACCUGGAAGCACUUCUUGGCAACGACUGCGCCGAAACGGCGGGCAAGGAGUUGGAUGCGAAGCAGUCCGAGAACCUGGACGGCCAGAAUCCAACGGUGCCCGGUGCCAGUCAGCCGGAUCUGAGCCCCUCCCGCCCCUGGGAACCGUCUUUGCGCCUACGGUCCCGCUCGCCGCUGCGCCGCCGCGGGCCCAACCCGUGCUGGUACGGCGCCAGCUGCACACGCCGAAGCUGCAGAUUCGUGCACCCGGCUCGAAGCUCGCACCCUCGCCCACACGAGAGUCGGUCCAAAGCGCGCGAGAGUCGGUCCAAAGCGCGCGAGAGUCGGUCCAAAGGGGGCUCCAGGCGCAAGGCCUCGCGCAACUCCAAGCCGUGGCUACCGCCGCCGCCGCCGCCGGCGUCCGGGUGGCCAGCGGCUACUUCCGAGCGCGCGCGCUGGGGGCGCGGCGAGGCCGAAUGGAGCGACCGGAAGUGGGGGCGGCCGGAGGAGAGGCCACAGGCAAGACGCCCACAUUCCGAGACUUCGUGCUGCGGUAUGUGGAGGAGAUGGCGUUGCUCCAGAAGACGCCCUGGAGGCCUUCCAGGACUUCCUUGCUUCGAGCAAGGAGAAGAGGCGUGCCGAUUCCUCCGCGGGCAAGGCGCCUGAGGCGUUCAUCAUCAAGGUGAAGGAGUAUAAGUUCCAGUGCGAGCUGUGCGGCAAGCAUUUCACCUCCUUUCCCGGCACACGCAAGCACCUGAUGCGAAGACAUUUCCGGCUACAGACAGAGGUGGCGCGGCGAGGAGGCUGAGUGCGAGUUGCGUUGCAAUUACUUGCUGUCGCGGCGGAAGUGUCAGAGAUUCAGUGCCAGUCCAGAGGUUUCCCUUCUCCGGGGUUGGGCAUUUGUGUAAUUGCCA